AUGCCUUGUCCGCAUACAUCUGAUGUUCUUGCUGAUAUACCUUAUCUUACUUUGUGUGAUUGGAAUCUUGAUAGGAAGGUUUCAAAUCUUAUUGUGGAUAAUUGCACCACAAAUGAUGCAAUUAUCAGGAUAUUAUUAGAGAAACUUCCUCUAAAAUCGCUAAUGAUGAAUGGUGAUUUGUUUCAUAUGCGUUGUUGUGCACAUAUUCUCAAUCUUAUUGUCCAAGAUGGCUUAUCUCUCAUUAAAUAUGAGAUUGAGAGAAUCAGAGAGAGUUUUGCAUUUUGGUCCGCAUCACCAAAGAGGGAGCAAAAUUUUGAGACAGCAGCAGAACAGUUGGGAAUACCAUACUCAAAGAAGUCGAUACUUGACUGCAAGACGUGGUAG